AUGAAAAUCUCUCACCUUUCGCGGCCCGUCAAUGCCACGUCUUGGGAGCACACUGUGUACGAGGGCUGCCGCGACAUGCCGGCCGUGCUUAUUUGGUACUUGGGACUGCAGUUCAUCAACAUGUUCCUGGGCAUCCCAGCCAACAUCAUGGUGCUGUGGCUCAUCCGUAAGAACAAGGGUGACUCAUCCACCUCGGAUAUCUUCAUCCUACAUCUAGCUGUGCUGGACGUGCUCUUCUGCCUCAUCCCGCCACUUGAGCUGGCCAAUAUUGUGUUCCUCACCACUAGCAGUACCUGGUACGUGUUGCGCUUUUUCUACGGCAUGAAGGACUCAUCACCGCUCUUCCUCUCCUGCAUCUGCCUGGACCGCUAUGUUGCUGUGGUGCACCCCAUCACCUUCACUGAACUCAAGGACCGCCAACACCGGGCUGGCCUUGCAGUGCUGGUGUGGCUGAUCACGCUGGCCUACGCCGCCGCCAAGUGUGUAAACCGCAUCAUCAACUUCGAGAAGGUCUUCACCGCCAUGAUCCUGGCCUCCUUUGCCUUCAUGGUGUUCUGUAAUAUCGCCAUCCUGUGGGUGCUACGCCAAUCUGGGCCGGGUCGGGACGAUAUGCACCCGGUUAAGAAGCGAGCCUUCAAGAUGGUGCUCAUCAUCCUCGCCAUCAUAGUUUUCAACUACUUCCCGCCCGUGGCACUCUUUCCCUUCCAGCACUACUUCUCGCCCGAUGUCUUCCGCUGUUACAUCCACUAUGUAGCUUUUGGUCUGAUGGACUUUAGCAGUAGCAUCCAGCCCAUGCUCUACCUGUCGAAGGACAAGGUGGCAUGUCCUGGCUGCUACCAGGGCAACGCCACGCAGCUCCAGUAG